UUUAUUUUUUAGACUUCAGACUAUUUAUAUGAUAAUUUUGAAGUAGUAAUUGAAAAUGUUAUGAAAUAACAAACUAGUACACAGUAAUUCUCCCCAUGACUGUUUAUUAGUGUGGAAUAGUUUGAUAAAAUACAAAAGAGGACUUUUAAGAACAGCGGACUGAACAAACAAAGAUAAAAAUGAAUCCAAAUCGUAAUCCUAUGUAUGGAAACAGAUAUGAUCUACCAUUUAAUCCAGCAAAUAGAUAUGAUUAUAGUAUGAGUGGUCCUCCACUUACAGCCGAUAUUGUUACUAAUCAUCAAAUCUACAAUGAUAAUAUUUAUCCUGAUGAUUAUAAUAACAGUUACAAUAAUAAACCAGAUGACUACCAAUAUAAUUCUCCAAAUGGCGGUUCUCAGUCUUAUUCAAGAUCCGCUCCAUCAUAUGUAAACACAGAACAGAAAUAUAACAAUGAUCGAUAUGUAAACACAGAACCGAAAUAUAACAACGAUCGAUAUGAAAAUGCACCCAGGAAUCGUUCCAAUGAUCCAUCAUACGCAGACUCCAAUUUUCAAGACUCGAAAAGCUACAGUAACUCAGGUGAUACAGAUUACCGAGAUAGAGAGCGAGAAAUAGAUCGAGAGAGGGAAAGAGAUAGAGAUAGAUCAAAUAGAAGAAAUCGUGAUGACAAACGAAGAAGUGACCGCUCUGAUAGAAGUAGAGACCGAGACAGAGAUCGGGAUCGCAGUCGAGAGAGAGAUAGAAAUCGUGAUAGAGAUAGAUAUGACCGGGAUCGAAGAAGCCAAUCACCAUCAUAUGAUGUGGACAGUGACAGAUACGGCCGUGAUGAGAGAUCAACUGAUAAAUGGAUGGUAGAAAAACCAACAAAUACUAUUUUGUUGAGAGGACUUCCAUCAAAUAUCGAGGAGUCCUAUAUAACUAAAAAGGUUAUGGCUAGCGGUAUUCCUCCCAGAGAAGUUCGCUUAAUGCGAAGAAAUGCUGGUGCAUCCCGGGGCUUUGCUUUCGUGGAGUUUACGAACGUUGAGGACGCUCAGCAGUGGAUGGAGAUCAAUCAGGGUCAGAUUACAUUAAUGGACAUCCUGGUUACGUUGCACUACAGUACACCCAGAAAUGCAUCACCUGUCAGUUUUCCACCCACUCGCUGUGAUUGGAUUUGUAAAAAGUGUGGUGUACAUAAUUUCCGUAGAAGAGAUGUUUGUUUUAAAUGUGGUCUUUCAAGAGAAGAUUCUGAUAGAGUCAAAACAGGUGAAGGUUUUGAUGAAGUUGGGUUAAAUCCUUGCAAUACAUUGGUAUUUAGAGGUUUAGAUGCUCUAACAACUGAAGAAACUUUACUACAGACAAUCAGUAAACAUACUUUACUACCAAUAAAAAAUGUAUGUAUCAUGAGAGAUAAAGCUACCAGUACAUCUCGAGGGUAUGGCUUUGCUGAGAUGAACUCUGUCAGUGAUUCAUCGGCAUUAUUGGAAGUUUUAACGGCUCCGACUAAACCACCAUUCGAAGUAGAUGGCAAACAAAUUCUUGUUGCCUUUGCUAAGAAUACAUUUACCACUGUCAUGGCAACACAGAACCAGUACUCUGCUGCCCUACCACCGAGUGAAUCCAAGUCUUCAUAUUAUCCUUCAUCAAGUAAUACACAACACGAUUAUUCCUACUAUAAUCCACAAUCAUCGAAUACAGGAGCAUCAACUGUAGCUGUUGCUCAAGCAGCCAUUCAACAAGCUCAUGCAGCACAAUUAUCACAUAAAUUAGAUGUCGGAUCAUCUGCUGUAGCUACAAACUGGUCACAGAACAGUACUACAGAUUAUCCUAAAUAUCCACCACCAGAUGUAUCUACGUAUCAAUAUGAUGAGUCAUCAGGCUAUUAUUAUGAUCCUUUAACCAAUCUCUACUAUGAUGCUAAUACACAGAUGCGUCCUGGUGGACUGUACCCUAGACGGUAUGAUAAAAAACCAGUUAAACCACGUCUACGUAGUAAUCUCAAGUAUGUUGAAGUAUUACCAGAAAAGGUGUAUGAUGAGGUGUCUUCGGAUGCAGCAUCUGAUGUAUCAUCCACAAAGGCAUCUUUUGAGAAAGAAUUUUUUGGAUACGACAGUGUUUCCUCUCUGGAAGACAUUUUGUCCUCUGAAAAUGAAUCUUAUGAUGAUGUGUCGUCUUAUGAAGAUGUUUCAUCUGAUGACGAAUAUCUGGAAUCUCUGCCUGGAGAAUCAAGCCCUGUUGUACCUGUUAGCCCUAUUGCUCAAAGUCAUGGAAAUAGAAGUCAUGAAGGUAGAAGCCAUGGAAACAUAAGUCACGAAAGCAGAAGUAGAGGUAGAUGUCCGGAUGACAGGCAAAGUCGUGAUAGUAGAAGACCUGGGAGCAGAAGUAUUGAUACUCAUAGUCAUAUUAGUCGUAGCCAAAAUGCAAGAAGUUCUGUUGAACAUCCAACUGAAACGAGCAAUAGAAUAUCAAGCUCUCCUUCCAAAAACAUACCAUCCUUGGAGGAUCUCCAAAGACGACGUAGAGAAUUGGAUCUUAAAUUGGAACAACUUGAUGUUAAUUUUAAGGCGAGCGAAGAAAAUGAUUUUAAAUCGCAGAAGGAAAAUAAACCUAAGGAUUCAAAAAGACAAGUCCAUGACCUCAAGAAAUGUCCGUUGCGUAAAUGUAACACAUCAACUAGAUAUGUGAGAAAUCAUGUUAAAACAAUUCACUGCCCUCCGUGUAUUCGUAGUAAGGACAAGAAUCCAGAAGUUCAAAGUAAUCAACUACAUGCUUUGUUAUUCUUGGCCAAGGCAGCUAAAUGUUGUUCCUUGUCGUCACUGAAAGAAAAAGUAAAUAAAAGUGGAAAAAUGACUUCAACUUUAAAACCCCAGUCAACUGAUGUUAGAGUCAUGACUAACCUUUGUAAGUUUGCAGGAUGGACAGUACCGAAAGAAUUCAAUUUAAAUCCAAUGAAUUCUUGUGCAUGUUUGAUACAUUGGCGAUCUAUUGGCCUUAUUCUAAAUUGGAUGGCUGCUCAGGACAAAUACAAUUUUAAAAAACUUGAUUAAAGAGAUUAUUGAGAUGUGUAUUCAAUUGUUAACUAAGUGCUAUUAUAAAAAAUAAAUAUAAUAAGUCAAUAAGUCCUUUUUAUUUAAUGAAAAAAGUUAAAUGGUAAAACAGACAUAGAAAUACAAAAACUUAUCAGUUGUUUAUUUUCAAAUAAAAAAAAAAAAACCCUGUUCGUAAAGGAAGAGGACAUGAUGAAUAAACUAGGAUCUACGUCAAACUUUGGAAAUAAGUGUUCAUAUUCUGUAAAUAAACUGGUCUGAAUCUUCAUCAAUCGGAACAGCAGCUUUUAAAAUAAUUGAAAUGCAGUUUAUAAAACUACUUCAUUUUCUUCAUUUAGUAAGUGUUGACCUUGUUCAAUGUGAAGUGCUUACUCAGUUAUAAUUUGGAUAAGAUACUAAAAUGCUAUCUAAAGAUCAUUAAAUGGUGUCGUGUUCAUCAUAAGAUGUUCAAUGCUCUUAUCAAUGACACCAUUGGCAUUAACUUUCAGUCACAACAUUUGAUGAUAUUUUCAAAAAACUAGUAACUUGAUCACUUCCAAUGUGAACUUUUCAAAAAAAUUCUUCAAGAACUACAUCUUUAAUAGAAUGCAGUUAACACUUACAUGAUAUAUGAUUCAGAUCUGAACAUAACUAUAAUCAAUCCAGUUGUUGCUAAAACCAUAAGAAAAUAUUAACUGAUCAGAAUCCAGUUAUGUUGAUCUUAUCCAGCAUCAAGAACUACAUGUAACUGUUUGGAACUCAACAAGUAAGACUAAUCUGAAUAGUGAUUCAUAAAGUGCUAAGGAAACAUUAAUAUGUAUUUAAACUGCUGUAGAAGCUGUCCAGAUUCUUCUCUUACCUCAUGUAGAAACCUCGAGUGUAGUAGUAGCAAGAAUACAGAGAACCUGUCUAAACACUGGAUCAUUCCUGGUAGUCAGAUCGCUCACUUACACGAUAAAGAUUUGCUGUAAUAUCUUCUAUAAGACAAGAGAACUUGGUGAGCUCAAUUGUAUAUAGGUGUCAUUGUAGUCGUGAUUCUGUUGUUAAAGAGAACUUCAGGUGUAAAUCAACAGUCAUCAUUGAAUGUACAGGUGCACGAGACAAAGCUCAUCCAGAAUUCUUAGUGUUUUACAAAUACCUUGUGAUUCAUUUAAGGCUGUGGAAGUAAUUGUAAAAAAAAGGCCAAAAUAGUGUGUAGAAAUGGUUGAAAAUGUAAACAAUUCAGCAGUUCAAAGGUUGUGAUUUAUGCAUACAUUAUUGAAUUCUAAAAAUUUAAUCCAAUCCGUUUUACAAGUUCUGAAGAUGUUCUGAUGGAUGUGGGCGUUUUUGUUGUUGGAUUUUUUUGGAAGUUUCAAUAGAAAUGUUGUGAUCAACUGUAACUGAUGGGAUGUUCAGAAUCAAUUUAUGUAUUAAUUGGACUGAGACAUCUGUAUUUUUUUGUUAAUCAAAUCAAGUGAAGUGAAUUUGGUGUGCAUGUAAGACAGCAUGUUCGUUGAGAUUCUGUUUUUGUUAUAUGUGUGUUUAAGAAGAUAGUUCUAUGAAGUGUGCAUACUUGUGUUAACUAUGUGUAUAUAAAAAGUGUAAUAUUACAUGUGUUGACAAAUGUGAUUUUUUGUUUUCCUGAUCUGAAGUGAAUUCCCUGUGAUCAAGUGUGAAUUAUUGAUCUCAACUGAUCUCUACUAAUACAUAUAUAUACCAGUGAUGAUGAAUAACAGUAUCAGUAAUAAUCAACCUUAAUCCUAACAUUUAUCUAUAUAAAAUAACAUUCCAGAAGUAAAUAUCUUAUAGCCAAGUUUUUGUA